AUGGCGCCGGCACAUCCUGAUGCCAUGGAGAAGACUCUCAGCAGCAACCGGCAGCAAGUUGGUCUCAGAGUGGUGCUGGCCCUUGGCGUCCUCUCCCUGGGAGUGGUGGUGAGGGUGGGGGUGCUGGCUGCACCCCUCUGCUUCAUGGGACCGGCUGGCUGCCAGACUAUCCCCCUACUGGAGCUCUUUGACAGGGUGAUCAAGCACUCAGCCAGGGUCCACGGACUCUCCAGUGACCUACACACAGAAUAUGGACAGUUCUUCCCCUCAAGUGAAAACCUAAUUGGUGCACGGAAAUGUCAUACCUCCAGCAUAGCAACUCCAAAUGGCAAGGAUAUUGCACAGAGCCUCACAAGAGAGGAGCUGGCGGAGGUGAUCCUGAGGCUGCUGGCGGCCUGGAGAGGCCCCCUGUCUCACCUCCACGACGUGAUGGCCAACCAGCAAGACGUCGACACCUAUAGCGGUAGCAGAGCUAUGGAGAUGAGCGACCUGCUCCACCAGCUGAAGAGCGGCGUUCAGCUGAUCACCCAAAGGAUGCAGCACCUGGGUAUGAUAAGUAACUAUUUGAACAGCAUGUCCUCAGCAGAGGUGAUGGAGGCGCCCUCCUCUAAGAGAUCUUUGACCACUGACCACGACCUGCUCUACCUCUGCCUCCGCAGAGACACAGACAAGGUCCAGAGCUACCUGCGCGUCCUCAAGUGCACCAUCCUUCCUGAGCAGGACUGCUGA